AUUCCACUCCAAUAUUUGCAAUUAAUUUUUGCUUUGCGUCAAAGCUUAAACUCCAUUACCUCCUCCACCUCCCCAGUCUAUUUUCUCUUUCUGCAAAGAAACAACAAAGAAAAAAAAAACUGAAAACGUAAAAAGAAAGAAAAAAAUCUCGAACUCUUCGCAGCGAUGAAUAUUUUCAGAUUUAUCGGCGACAUGACGCACUUGGUCAGCAUUUUAGUGCUUCUCCUCAAAAUCUAUGCCACCAAAUCGUGUUCAGGGAUCUCCUUAAAGACUCAGGAACUGUAUGCAAUUGUCUUCUUGACUCGGUACCUCGAUUUGUUUACCGAGUUCAUUUCGGUUUAUAACUCCACUAUGAAAAUAGUGUUCAUUGCAAGCUCUUUGGCAAUUGUUUGGUACAUGAGGUUUCACCCAGUAAUUAGGCGAUCCUAUGACCGUGACCUGGACACCUUUAGACACUAUUUUAUGGUGGGAGCAUGUUUUCUCUUGGCACUUUUGGUUAAUGAGAAGUUCUCGUUUGAGGAGAUAUUUUGGGCAUUUUCAAUAUACUUGGAGGCUGUAGCAAUACUACCACAGUUGGUUCUGUUGCAAAGAAGUGGAAAUGUGGACAAUCUGGCUGGACAAUACAUUUUCUUUCUUGGGGCCUAUCGAGCAUUCUACAUCCUAAACUGGAUCUACCGCUAUUUCACUGAAGAUCAUUUCAGCAGAUGGAUCGCUUGUGUCUCCGGGAUUGUCCAAACAGCUCUUUACGCAGACUUCUUUUACUAUUACUUUAUCAGCUGGAAAAAUAAUUCAAAGCUGAAAUUGCCAGCCUGAUACAAACACGGGGCGCAUAUACAGAUAGGACGGUCUGCAUUGAUAUGCUCAUGCCAUGAUUUUGAUUGAAGUUUUGUCUCUUUGAUGGAGUUUCAGGUGGAGUCUGAUCUUAGGAUAUGACAAAUUUAUGUUCCAAGAUUACAAAUUCCUUUUGAGAAAUGCAAUGAAACAAAACUAUUGUCAGUAUAUGUAUAUUAUGCAGCACAUGUAAAUCCUUGAAGGAACUUUUGUUAACUAGUUUACAUGCUUACAAAUUCAACUUGUGUUCGAAUGGGAAAUUUUUGUUUUUGAGGAUU